UUAGGAGGACCUUCUAUAUGUCCUCGGUGCAAGCAAAGUAUCUCAAUCGUUGAUCUUACUAGGGGCCCACGAGCGAGAGAAUGGCAUAUUAAAUGUCUUGCGUGUGUCACCUGUAAUAAGCGCAUGGAUUCUGAUGCCAAAGUCCACGUAAACGAGCAAGGAGAAUGGCUAGUAUACUGUCGUAACUGCACAGUAAGUAGAAUACCAUCAGAGCAAAGGCGAAUAAGUUGGUUGGAUGGUUUUUGA